CUGAACCGUAACACGUGUUUCAACUGAUACAGCCAUUUUCUGAAAGCGAAUUGCGUAGAUUAGAACGGAACUAAAUGGUUUGUUUUGGUAUGGAGUAAAUUUCAUUGAUAUUACUUAGGGAGAAAAUAAAUUAUAGAAGACAUGAUUGCCGAGGAAGACGAAUAUUUCCUGAGAGCCUCCAUUUUGCUACUGAAAGGAGGGCGAUUGGUGUCAAAAGAAACUUUGUACAAAGAACUACGAAAGGCCGGGAGAAAUCUUGAUGUACUUCUAAAACAACACGAAAGAAAAUUCAAGUACAAAUUUGUAAAGAAACAGAGGGAGAAAUUGUUUCCAGAUGCUGGAGUAACCGACGUAGAAACAUGGGAUUUAGCCAUGCUUACAACGGUGACACUGACGGUUUUUAAACAGUCACUUAACGACGAUGAGAAAAAUGACUUAAAAUCUAUAAAGUGUAUGAGGGAUGAGAUUUACGCCCAUACUUAUUCUUCGUCGCUAAGUGCCGAUCAAUACGAAGAAAUCCGGAAGGAAUUACAAAACGCACUCACUUCACUGUCGAAUGGGUUAAGCGAAAAGCUGAAAGACGACUGUUUAAAGAUCAUUCAGGAAUGCACAACUGGCCCUAUCAGCCCAUCAUUAAAAGCAGAACUUACGAAACAGAUAGAAGAUACAGAACACUCGUUGCUGGCUGUAAUGAACAAAUUGAGAAACCAGGAAGAAUUUCUUUGCGAAAUGAAAAAAGACAUAAUGGACACAUUAAACAAAAUGCGUGUGACUGAAGACCGAAGUGAAAAGAUUAUAAAAGUGAUAGAUACUGAGCUAACGUUGAGUGGAGCUGUAAAUGAAAGCAAGAGCAUAGAUUUUGCGGAAGAAAUCAUUACAAAGGUUAUUAAUAAAGCAAUAAAGAAAGUCGGAAACGAAAAUGACUAUCCGAGAAUUCGCGGCGUUGUUGACAAAAUUCUGAAAGACAUUGAAAACAUGCCUGAUGUGGAAAUACUACCAGCGGAACACAAGUGCAUCCUUCUUAAAUUUAGAUGUACAACUUAUAUAGGUAUAUCAAACAUACUGAUGUAUUUAGAGAGCAGAAGCUUCCUGGAUUCUCUCAAUGAUCUUGCCCUUGCACUGAGUUCCACUCUUCCUAAUAUGAGCGGUCAAUAUAGACUUGAUGUGACAGUUACACCAGAAUGCAUGAAGGACCUGCUAGAUGAACUAAGAGCAAAAACAAUGGAAACUACGAAGUAUGAACGCACGAUACGAGUGCCCAUAAAGGUUAAAUCAGUACAAGGAAUUGAACACAUAUGGUCGCUGUUUGAAACUGGCGGAGCUACAGUUAGAUUGAAUGAAUUAUCAGAAGCUGUAUUUAACGAAUUAAAUACAAAAAUAACAGUUAAACCUUCUGUAAAUUUAGAGCAGAUACAGGCAGCUAUUAAGGAAGCAGGUAAAAAGUCAGCAAAAGUGUCACAUGAAGAUGUUGAAGACAAUGCUAGUUUUCCUCAUAGACUUCAGAGCAAGUCAGUUGUCGAAGUUUGCAGAUCGUACGAUGAUAGCGAUGUCAAAGAAACUGUAAUUGGAACAAAAAAUGCCUCUUUUGAAACAAGAAAUCGUAGAGCGUUUGAUACAAAUGAUCCUUUAUUCGAACCGGAGGAGAUUGGGUCAUUUUCUCUGGAUAUUAACAGGAAGUACGACAAUACAACUAAACAGCUGAAAUACUUCGUGAAACCUCCAGCGAACAGAGUGCAUUUUGAUUUACGCAAAGGAUAUAGCACGAUGAUUAGAAAAGAUGAAUCGAAACCAGACUUUAUCACAGACAUCUUAAGAUGGAUCACAGAUAAUAAGGAGAAGUUGGUCGAACAAGACAUAAAAACAAAGAGGUAG